AUGGUAUGCUAUGGUAUCGUCCUUCCCAUCUUGCCCGGUGUCAUGGAGAAGAAGUACCAUCAGACCGAGACCGUGACCGGUGUGUUGUUUGCCAUGUUCUCUGCCGGCUCAAUCCUCUCCACUCCCAUCUUUGGCGCCCUCUCUGAUAAAAUUGGCCGAAAGACACCAUUCCUCAUUGGUCUGAUGUCACUGAUCGCAUCAACUUUGAUGUUUGCCUUUGCAGAGUCAUUGUGGAUACUGUUCGUCGCGAGGUUUGCCCAAGGUGUCAGCUCGGCUGUAUCCUGGGUCGUAGGCCUGGCAUUGAUCGCAGACAUCUACCCGCCUGAGAGAUUGGGCACAAUCAUUGGCUCUGUCGUUGGAGGCAAUGCCGUGGGUGCCCUUGUAGGCCCACCCAUUGGAGGCAUACUCUACGAACACUUUGGCUAUCGCAUCCCAUUCCUGGUUGCCGCUGGUCUCACCGCAUUCGACCUAUUCAUCCGACUGGUGUUUGUGUCGGACGAAGCCAUCAAGCGCCACAAGCUCAACAAGGAGCGACUGGUGGCCAAGAAUCUGAAGGAGAAUGACAAGGACGGCUCAAAGGCCGCGGAAAAGGAGGCUGGUCGAGGCCAAUCUUUCUUCAAGAUGGCUUUCAACUUCAAAGUUGCUAUCCUCUGUGUUACUGUCACUCUGGCCUGCUCGGGAUACUCGGCACUCGAGCCAACUAUCCCGCUCUACCUUGAGCGUCGCUUCGACUCGUCGUCCACUGUGAUCAGUCUAAUGUUUGCCACCCUCACACUUCCAGCGAUGAUCAUGGCGCCACUCUCUGGCAAGCUGGCCGACAAGUACAUUGGUCACUACCGCACGAUACUCAUUGGAAUGAUCAUUGUCGUCUUCACAUACCCAUUCGUCGACUAUGUCUCCCACCUGUGGCAGACAUUCAUCAUUGUGGCCGUCAUAUCUGUUGGUCUGAUCACAAUGAACACGCCACUGAUGGCGGUGCUCACAAUGACCAUCGAUCCAAAUCAGUACAACGAGCACAAUGGCAAGAUCACAUCAUUGUUCAACAUUGCCUUUUGUUUGGGAUACUUUGUUGGACCGAUCUUGGGCACUGCCAUCAUGGACCAUGCCUCAUUCCGUUGGUCCAACAUCAUCUUUGCACUCUUGGUAGCAAUAUUCACCGUGGUCUUCUUUGUGACAUUCAUCAAGAAGAUCUUUGCCAGGCAACAGCCAGAGCAGCAGCAACAGCCACAACAUGGAGAAGAGGCAACCGACCAAGAGGUACUGUUGGAGAGCGUUGUUGUUAGUGAUUAA